AUGGCCAGAAUCUCGCUCUUGGCCGUCCUCGGCUUGAUCGCUUCGGCUGCCGCCCUCGAUCCCGUGGAAGCUUGCGGCAACAAGCUCUUCACCAAAGACGGAUCGCAGUUCUUCAUCAAAGGCGUUGCCUACCAACUCCUGCCAACGGAUCCUCUCAUGGACGCCGAUCAGUGCACCUUGGACGCUGGCCUCAUGAAGGACCUCGGCGCCAACACGAUUCGAGUCUAUCAUGUCAACGCCAGCGCGAAUCACGAUGGCUGCAUGAAGGCCUUUGCAGACGCCGGCAUUUACGUUCUUGUCGAUAUGGACACCUUCGACACUUACAUCGAGCCAGUGGAGCUUUGCUGGAACGUCACGCAGUUCGAUAAAUAUGCCCAAGUCAUGGACGCGUUCCAGAAGUAUGACAACACCUUGGGUCUCUUCGUGGGCAAUGAAAAUAUCGCCCAGAAGAAAGACUCCCCUGUCGCCCCCUUUCUCAAGGCAGCUGCGCGAGACAUGAAGGCGUACAGAGACUCAAAGGGCUAUCGGAAUAUUCCCAUCGGCUACUCGGCUGCUGACAUCAAGGAGCUUCGUCCCAUGCUACAGGACUAUCUCACCUGCGGUGGCAACGCAUCCGAGUCGGUGGACUUCUUCGGCAUCAAUUCGUACUCGUGGUGCGAUCCCAGCACCUAUCGAGAUUCCACUUACGACCAGCUUCAGCAGUACGCACAAAAGUUUCCCGUGCCCAUCUUCUUCACCGAGACGGGAUGCAUCAUACCCGGACCACGCCAGUGGAACGACCAAGACGCCAUCUUCAGCAAGCCCAUGGUGGACGACUGGAGUGGUGCCAUUGUCUAUGAGUGGAUCCAGGAACAGAACAACUACGGCAUCAUCACGUACGGCGGCCCCCCCGUGAGUGAAGUGACGCAGUACGAUGGCGCCGUAGCCGAUGGUUACUUUCGCAAAGGAACCCCGACGCCAAGGAACCCUGAUUUCGACAAUCUGAAGAGCAAAUGGGCCGGCAUUCACCCACAAGGCGUUCGCCGCGCCGACUACGACCCCCGGGGAGUUUCGACACGCCCCUGCCCGUCGUCCACGUCCGGUGGUUGGUGGGAGGUGGAUGGAAACGUCAAGCUUCCCACCAUGGGCGGCUUCAGAGCCGGCACCACCGUUACGGCUGUGCCAAGUGGCAACCCGGAGCCCAGCCUGGCCUCGGGCUCCUUCACCGAAAUCCAAAACCCAACGGAGACGGCCAAGGCGAGGGAUCGAAACGCGGCCGCGGCCGACAGGAAAUUGGCAACAAUUGGCGCCUGCGUGGUUGCACCUGUGCUUGCCCUUGCCAUCUUUCUGUAG